AUGGAGGAGGAGGCAGAGCGGAGGAGGCAGCCCCCGGUCAAGCCGGACCCAGAGGAGGAGGUGCAGCAGGAGAAACCACACAGGGAGAGGGAGCACCGAGAGAGGGAGCACCGCAGGGACAGGAGAGGAGGAGGAGGAGCAGACAGGCCUUCUCCCCAGCACCCUCAGCCCCAAUCAGACGACGACCUGGAGGAGGGGGAGGAGCUUGAUGAUCGUGACUGGGAGGACUCGUCAGAUGCCAGGCCAAACCCAAACCUGAAGCCCACGCUGCGGCCAAUCACGUCGGCCCCCUCGGUGUCGUCGGGCAGCGGCGGCGCCACGCCCAACUCCCCUGGCAACGAGUCUCCCUGCGGUAUCAUCAUCCCUCAUGAAAACUCUCCUGAAGCCCCGCCCACCGAGGAACAGCGGCCCAAGAUGGGCCUCAGUCUCAAACUGGGUGAGUUAGAACUAGAUUGAACUAGAUUGAACUAGAUGGGCCUCGGCCUCAAACUGGUGAGUUAGCGUUGUAUGUCUAGCUAUAUGUUGAACAUUUCACAUCUGUAUGUUGAAGGAUACUGAACUUUUUGAAAGUUACUAGUUAAGUCAUCAUCACUGUCUCUCAGCCUAACAUGCUGACCACACCGCUCGCGUUGUGAAAUAAAUGUACACAUACACGUUAUUCAAUCAUUGCAUCCAAACUGCUCGCGCGCGUCAACGAGCGUCUGCGUGGCCAGGUGCUAAAAUAUAACUUGGUUCUAUUUGUGACGCUUGACGCGCUGCAAGUCCCGCCUCUCCCAUCUAUCUCCUCAUUGGGUUUUAAGAGCAUCCACCCACGCGGGUGAUUGAAAGAUGAACUGUCCACCCUCCAGUCCAGUAGGUGGUGGUAAUGCCUCUUAAAGUUGAUAGCCAACCGCCAUAUAAAGUCCAGAGAAGAAGAAGAAGCCUGAAGGAGGAGAAAAUACUAGAAACUCGCUCGGUUUACCCUUUUAUCUGUGGAUUAAUUGUCAGAGUAGAGGACCGUGUGCAUUUCAGGUUAAAAAAAAAAACAACCCAAUGUUUAUAUCCCAGGACAAAUUAGUUAGCAACAGCAAGCUAGCUAGCUAAAUUGCCAUAAAUGUUUAAUGCUUUUCGACCUGUCCCCAAAUUUAUAUAGUUGGUUCAGAGUUCAUUUUGAUAUUUCAACCUGCGUGUUCUGAUCUCGUCUGGUGUGGGUGGACAAAAUCAGCAUGCCCGCGCCCGGUCUAGUCUCGUCUGGUGUGGGUGGACAAAAUCAGCAUGCCCGCUCCCGGUCUAGUCUCGUCUGGUGUGGGUGGACAAAAUCAGCAUGCCCGCGCCCGGUCUAGUCUGCAUGUAACCCUCUAGCUUUGUACCUUCAUUCUCUAUAACCCACUGUUUCACACUUCCUGAUUAUACACCUCCUAUUGGUCUCUCUCCUUCCCCACUAUAACCCACAGUUUCAUUCCAUCUCUCUUUCUCCUUCCCCACUAUAACCCUGUUUCAUUCCAUCUCUCUCUCUCCUUCCCCACUAUAACCCUGUUUCAUUCCAUCUCUCUCUCUCCUUCCCCACUAUAACCUCUCUCUCCUUCCCCACUAUAACCCUGUUUCAUUCCAUCUCUCUCUCCUUCCCCACUAUAACCCCGUUCAUUCCAUCUCUCCUCUCCUCCUUCCCCACUAUAACAGUUGUUUUCAUCCUCUCUCUCUCCUUCCUCCCCACUAUAACCCUGUUUCAUUCCAUCUCUCUCUCUCCUUCCCCACUCUAACCCCGUUUCAUUCCAUCUCUCUCUCCUUCCCCACUAUAACCCCGUUUCAUUCCAUCUCUCUCUCUCCUUCCCCACUAGAACCCUGUUUCAUUCCAUCUCUCCUCUCUCCUUCCCCACUAUAACCCUGUUUCAUUCCAUCUCUCUUUCUCCUUCCCCACUAUAACCCCACGUUUCAUUCCAUCCUCUCUCCCUUCCCCCACUAUAACCUCGUUUCAUUCCAUCUCUCUCUCUCUCCCCUUCCCCACUAUAAUCCACACCUGUUUUCAUCCUCCAUCUCUCUUCUCCUUCCCCACUAUAACCACUGUUUCAUUCCAUCUCUCUCUCUCCUUCCCCACUAUAACCCUGUUUCAUUCACUCUCUCUCUCCUUCCCCACUAUAACCUGUUUCAUUCCAUCUCUCUCUCCUUCCCCCUAUAACCCGUUUCAUCCAUCUCUCUCCUUCCCCACUAUAACCCGUUUCAUUCCAUCUCUCUCUCCUUCCCCACUAUAACCCGUUUUCAUUCCAUCUCUCUCUCUCCUUCCCCACUAAAACCCCUGUUUAAUUCACAUCUCUCUCUCUCCUUCCCCACUAUAACCCUGUUUCAUUCCAUCUCUCUCUCUCCUUCCCCACUAUAACCCUGUUUCAUUCCAUCUCUCUCUCUCCUUCCCCCACUAUAACCCUGUUUCAUUCCAUCUCUCUCUCUCCUUCCCCACUAUAACCCUGUUUCAUUCCAUCUCUCUCUCUCCUUCCCCACUAUAACCCCGUUUCAUUCCAUCUCUCUCUCCUUCCCCACUAAACCUCUCUCUCCUUCCCCACUAUAACCCUGUUUACAUACCCCAUCCAUCUCUCUCUCCUUCCCCACUAUAACCCGUUUCAUUCCAUCCUCUCUCCUUCCCACUAUAACCCUAGUUUCAUUCCAUCUCUCUCUCCUUCCCCACUAUAACCCUGUUUCAUUCCAUCUCUCUCUCUCCUUCCCCACUAUAACCUGUUUCAUUCCAUCUCUCUCUCCUUCCCCACUAUAACCUCUCUCUCCUUCCCCACUAUAACCCUGUUUCAUUCCAUCUCUCUCUCCUUCCCCACUAUAAACCCCGUUUAUUCAUUCUCUCUCCUCCCCAUCCCUCCCUUCCCCACAUAACCCUUGUUUCAUUCCAUCUCUCUCUCCUUCCCCACUAUAACCCUGUUUCAUUCCAUCUCUCUCUCCUUCCCCACUAUAAACCCCAUUUCAUUCAUCUCUCUCUCCUUCCCCACUAUAACCCUGUUCAUUCCAUCUCUCUCUCUCCUUCCCCACUAUAAACCCUGUAUUCAUUCCUCUCCCACUAUAACUCUCUCCCUUCCCCACAUAACCUGUUUUCAUUCCAUCUCUCUCUCCUUCCCCACUAUAACCCCGUUUCAUUCCAUCUCUCUCUCUCCUUCCCCACUAUAACACUGUUUCAUUCCAUCUCUCUCUCCUUCCCCACUAUAACCCUGUUUCAUUCCAUCUCUCUCUCUCCUUCCCCACUUAACCCGUUUUCAUUCCAUCUCUCUCUCCUUUCCCCACUAUAACCCUGUUUCAUUCCAUCUCUCUCUCUCCUUCCCCACUAUAACCCUGUUUCAUUCCAUCUCCUCUCUCCUUCCCCACUAUAACCCUGUUCAUUUCCAUCUCUCUUCUCCUUCCCCACUAUAACCCGUUUCAUUCCAUCUCUCUCUCCUUCCCCACUAUAACCUCGUUCAUUCCAUCUCUCUCUCUCCUUCCCCACUAUAUCCACUGUUCAUUCCAUCUCUCUCUCUCCUUCCCCACUAUAACCCUGUUUCAUUCCAUCUCUCUCAUCUCCUUCCCCACUAUAACCCUGUUUCAUUCCAUCUCUCUCUCCUCCUUCCCCACUAAACCCUGUUUCAUUCCAUCUCUCCUCUCCUUCCCCCCUAUAACCCGUUUCAUUCCAUCUCUCUCCUCCUUCCCCCCUAUAACCCCGUUUCAUCCAUCUCUCUCUCCUUCCCCCUAUAACCCUCGUUCAUUCCAUCUCUCUCUCUCCUUCCCCACUAUAACCCUGUUUCAUUCCAUCUCUCUCUCUCCUUCCCCACUAUAACCCUGUUUCAUUCCAUCUCUCUCUCUCCUUCCCCACUAUAACCCUGUUUCAUUCCAUCUCUCCUCUCUCCUUCCCCACUAUAACCCUGUUUCAUUCCAUCUCUCUCUCUCCUUCCCCACUAUAACCCUGUUUCAUUCCAUCUCUCUCUCCUUCCCCACUAUAACCCCGUUUCAUUCCAUCUCUCUCUCUCCUUCCCCACUAUAACAUUGUUUCAUUCCAUCUCUCUCUCCUCUAACCUUUCCUCCACUAUAACCCUGUUUCAUUCCAUCUCUCUCUCCUUCCCCCACUAUAACCCCGUUUCAUUCCAUACUCUUCUCCUUCCCCACUAUAACAUGUUCAUUCAUCUCCUCUCCUUCCCCCACUAUAAACCCUGUUUCAUUCCAUCUCUCUCUCUCCUUCCCCACUAUAACCUGUUUCAUUCCAUCUCUCUCUCCUUCCCCACUAAAACCCCAUGUUUCAUUCCAUCUCUCUUCCUUCCCCACUAUAACCCGUUUCAUCCAUGCUCUCUCUUCCCCCACUAUAACCUCUCUCCUUCCCACUAUAACCCUGUUUCUUCCAUACCUCUCUCUCCUUCCCACUAUAACCCUGUUCAUUCCAUCUCUCUCUCUCUUCCCCCACUAUAACCCCUGUUUCAUUCCAUCAUCUCUCUCCUUCCCACUAUAACCCCGUUUCAUUCCAUCUCUUCUCUCCUUCCCCACUAUAACCCUGUUCAUCCAUCUCUCAUCUCUAUCCUCUCCUUCCCCACUAUAACCCCGUUUCAUUCCAUCUCUCUCUCUCCUUCCCCACUAUAACCCUGUUUCAUUCCAUCUCUCUCUCCUUCCCCACUAUAACCCGUUUCAUUCCAUUCUCUCUCUCCUCCCCACUAUAACCCUGUUUCAUCAUCCAUCUCUCUCUCCUCCUUCCCCACUAUAACCCUGUUUCAUUCCAUCUCUCUCUCUCCUUCCCCACUAUAACCCCUGUUUCAUUCCAUUCUCUCUCUCCUUCCCCACUUAUAACCCUGUUUCAUUCCAUCUCUCUCUCUCCUUCCCCACUAUAACCAUGUUCUCAUUCCAUCUCUCUCUCCUUCCCCACUAUAACCCUGUUUCAUUCCAUCUCUCUCUCUCCUUCCCCACUAUAACCCUGUUUCAUUCCAUCUCUCUCUCCUUCCCCACUAUAACCCCGUUUCAUUCCAUCUCUCUCUCCUUCCCCACUAUAACCCUGUUCAUUCCAUCUCUCUCUCCCUUCCCCACUAUAACCCUGUUUCAUUCCAUCUCUCUCUCUCCUUCCCCACUAUAACCUUGUUUCAUUCCAUCUCUCUCUCCUUCCCCACUAUAACCCUGUUUCAUUCCAUCUCUCUCUCUCCUUCCCCACUAUAACCCUGUUUUUCAUCUCUCACUCCCUUUCCAUCUCCUCUCCUUCCCCACUAUAACCCACUGUUUCAUUCCAUCUCUCUCUCUCCUUCCCCAUAAACCCUGUUUCAUUCCAUCUCUCUUCUCCUCCCCACUAUAACCCCGUUUCAUUCCAUCUCUCUCUCUCCUUCCCCACUAUAACCCUGUUUCAUUCCAUCUCUCUCUCUCUUCCCCACUAUAACCCACUGUUUCAUUCCAUCUCUCUCUCUCCUUCCCCACUAUAACCCCUGUUUCAUUCCAUCUCUCUCUCUCCUUCCCCACUAUAACCCGUUUCAUUCCAUCUCUCUCUCUCCUUCCCCACUAUAACCCUGUUUCAUUCAUCUCUCUCUCUCUCCCCACUAUAACCCACUGUUUCAUUCCAUCUCUCUCUCCCCUUCCCCACUAUAACCCACUGUUUCAUUCCAUCUCUCUCUCUCCUUCCCCACUAUAACCUUACCCUUCUCUUCCUCCAUAUCUCUCCUCUCCUUCCCCACUAUAACCCUGUUUCAUUCCAUCUCUCUCUCUCACUUCCCCACUAUAACCCUGUUUCAUUCCAUUCUCCUCUCUCCUUCCCCACUAUAACCCCCGUUUCAUUCCAUCCUCUCUCUCCUUCCCCACUAUACUCUCUCUCUCCUUCCCCACUAUAACCCUGUUUCAUUCCAUCUCUCUCUCUCCUUCCCCACUAUAACCCCUGUUUCAUUCCAUCUCUCUCUCUCCUUCCCCACUAUAACCCUGUUUCAUUCCAUCUCUCUCUCCUUCCCCACUAUACCCUGUUUCAUUCCAUCUCUCUCUCUCUCCUUCCCACUAUAAACCCUGUUUCAUUCCAUCUCCUCUCUCCUUCCCCACUAUAACCCACUGUUAUUCCAUCUCUCUCUCUCUUCCCCACUAUAACCCACUGUUUCAUUCCAUCUCUCUCUUCUCUUCCCCACUAUAACCCCGUUUCAUUCCAUCUCUCUCCUUCCCCAUAAACCUCUUCUCCUUCCCACUAUAAACCCUGUUUCAUUCCAUCUCUCUCUCCUCCUUCCCCACUAUAACCCCGUUUCAUUCCAUCUCUCUCUCUCCUUUCCCACUAUAAACCCUGUUUCAUUCCAUCUCUCUCUCUCCUUCCCCACUAUAACCCACUGUUUCAUUCCAUCUCUCUCUCUCCUUCCCCACUAUAACGCUGUUUUCUUCCAUCUCUCUCUCUCCUUCCCCACUAUAACCCUGUUCAUUCCAUCUCUCUCUCUCCUUCCCCCACUAAACCCUGUUUCAUUCCAUCUCUCUCUCUCUUCCCCACUAUAACCCACUGUUUCAUUCCAUCUCUCUCUCUCCUUCCCCACUAUAACCCCACUGUUUCAUUCCAUCUCUCUCUCUCCUUCCCACUAUAACCCGUUUCAUUCCAUCUCUCUCUCUCCUUCCCCCCUAUAACCCCUGUUUCAUUCCAUCUCUCUCUUCCUUCCCCACUAUAACCCUGUUUCAUUCCAUUCUCUCUCUCCUUCCCCAUAUAACCUGUUUCAUUCAUCUCUCCCUUCCCCACUAUAACCCUGUUUCAUUCCAUCUCUCUCUCUCCUUCCCCACUAUAACCCUGUUCAUUCCAUCUCUCUCUCUCUCUUCCCCACUAUAACCCCGUUCAUUCCAUCUCUCUCUCUCCUUCCCCGCUAUAACCCACUGUUUCAUUCCAUCUCUCUCUCUCCUUCCCCACUAUUAAACCCCCGUUUCAUUCAUCUCUCUCUCUCCUUCCCCACUAUAACCCUGUUUCAUUCCAUCUCUCUCUCUCCUUCCCCACUAUAACCCACUGUUUCAUUCCAUCUCUCUCUCUCCUUCCCCACUAUAACCCUGUUUCAUUCCAUCUCUCUCUCUCCUUCCCCACUAUAACCCACUGUUUCAUUCCAUCUCUCUCUCCUUCCCCACUAUAACCCUGUUUCAUUCCAUCUCUCUCUCUCCUUCCCCACUAUAACCCACUGUUUCAUUCCAUCUCUCUCUCUCCUUCCCCACUAUAACCCACUGUUUCAUUCCAUCUCUCUCUCUCUCCUUCCCCACUAUAACCCCGUUUCAUUCCAUCUCUCUCUCUCCUUCCCCACUAUAACCCUGUUUCAUUCCAUCUCUCUCUCUCCUUCCCCACUAUAACCCACUGUUUCAUUCCAUCUCUCUCUCUCCUUCCCCCACUAUAACCCACUGUUUCAUUCCAUCUCUCUCUCUCUCCUUCCCCACUAUAACCCCGUUUCAUUCCAUCUCUCUCUCUCCUUCCCCGCUAUAACCCACUGUUUCAUUCCAUCUCUCUCUCUCCUUCCCCCCUAUAACCCCGUUUCAUUCCAUCUCUCUCCUUCCCCAGGCGCUGGCGCCAGCCCCAACCACCAGAUCCACACUGGGAGUAAACGUAAGAAACUCGCCAACGCCGACAGCGUCUUCAACAUGUUUGGAGAGGAGGAGGCCGACGAGGCUCCCCGUAAACGUAAGCUGGUUCCGCUGGACUACGGUGAGGAGGAUAAGGGUCUGGGUCUGGACGGGGCGGAGGGACCCGGAGGGAAAGGAGAGGAGAAACGGAAACACAUCAGGAGUCUCAUUGAGAAGAUCCCUACGGCCAGACCUGAUCUGUUCAACUACCCUCUGGACUGGACCGCCGUGGACUCGGUAAGGAGGACGAGGAGGGGGCAGUGGAGGGACCCGUAGGACCUGGUCUUAUGGGUAGAUUACUGGGAUUUACAUCAACAUAAUGUACUUGAUUUAAAAAGGGUCAGAUCGCCGUGGACUCGGUAAGGGGGACGAGGAGGGGCAGUGGAGGGACCGUAGGACCUGGUCUUAUGGGUAGAUCACUGGGAUUUACAUCAACAUAAUGUACUUGAUUUAAAAAGGGUCAGAUCGCCGUGGACUCGGUAAGGAGGACGAGGAGGGGGCAGUGGAGGGACCGUAGGACCUGGUCUUAUGGGUAGAUCACUGGGAUUUACAUCAACAUAAUGUACUUGAUUUAAAAAGGGUCAGAUCGCCGUGGACUCGGUAAGGGGGACGAGGAGGGGCAGUGGAGGGACCGUAGGACCUGGUCUUAUGGGUAGAUCACUGGGAUUUACAUCAACAUAAUGUACUUGAUUUAAAAAGGGUCAGAUCGCCGUGGACUCGGUAAGGAGGACGAGGAGGGGGCAGUGGAGGGACCGUAGGACCUGGUCUUAUGGGUAGAUCACUGGGAUUUACAUCAACAUAAUGUACUUGAUUUAAAAAGGGUCAGACCGCCGUGGACUCGGUAAGGAGGACGAGGAGGGGGCAGUGGAGGGACCGUAGGACCUGGUCUUAUGGGUAGAUCACUGGGAUUUACAUCAACAUAAUGUACUUGAUUUAAAAAGGGUCAGACCGCCGUGGACUCGGUAAGGAGGACGAGGAGGGGGCAGUGGAGGGACCGUAGGACCUGGUCUUAUGGGUAGAUCACUGGGAUUUACAUCAACAUAAUGUACUUGAUUUAAAAAGGGUCAGACCGCUGUGGACUCGGUAAGGGGGAUGAGGAGGUGGCCCAUAGCCCUUGUGUGGAACCUCCCGAGUGGCGCAGUGGUCUAAGGCCCUGCAUCGCAGUGCUAGCUGUGCCACUAGAGAUCCUGGUUCGAGUCCAGGCUCUGUCGCAGCCGGCCGCGACCGGGAGACCCAUGGGGCGGCGCACAAUUGGUCCAGCGUCGUCCAGGGUAGGGGAGGGUUUGGCCGGCAGGGAUGUGGGUUGGUUUCCCACGGGGGGCCAGUAUGAAAAAAAAAAAAAAAUAUAUAUAUAUGUAUCCACUCACUAACUGUAAGUCGCUCUGGAUAAGAGCGUCUGCUAAAUGACUCAAAUGUAAAAUGUGUGGGUCAGUUGGAAGGAACGUGGCGAUGGCAACGCUAAGGAAUGGGUUGAAUUCCUGCAGUCCCAUGGGUCCUGGUCCUCUGUGGACAGCUGGGAUUAAAAAUCAACGUCAUCUACUCUUAACACAUUUGGUCAACUGGAAAUUGAAAGCUGUGUGGAAGAACUAGCCAUUCUCUGAUAACAUCACAGCAUGUCUGAAACUCUCGUUCUUCCCGUCUCAGACUCUGAUGGAGCGUCGCAUCAGGCCCUGGAUCAACAAGAAGAUCAUAGAGUACAUCGGAGAGGAGGAAGCUACGCUAGUCGACUUUGUCUGUUCUAAGGUUAGUUAGUUAGUUAGUUAGUUAGUUAGUUAGUUAGUUAGAGUAACUGAUUUAGUGGGAGAGAAAAGCAUGACUGUCUUGUGGAAGGAUGACAUUGGUUUCCUUCCCCUGUAAGAAGUCUAUAGACAAGGUAUGACAGCGACGCAUGUUUUUCGUUUAGUUUACCUGGUCACUGUUUCAAACACUAACUUUUUAGCAUUUGUGGCACAAAUCCAAUGUAGCUAUACACUGAGUGCACAAAACAUUAGGAACACCUUACGUCGGGGCGUGGACUCUACAAGGUGUCGAACGCGUUCCACAGGGAUGCUGGCACCAUGUUGACUCCAAUGCUUCCCACGGUUGUGUCAAGUUGGCUGGAUGUCCUUUGGGCGGUGGACCAUUCUUGAUACACACGGGAAACUGUUGAGCGUGGAAAAACCCAGCAGCGUUGCAGUUCUUGACACAAACCGGUGCGCCUGGCACCUACUACCAAACCCUGUUCAAAGGCACUUACAUUUUUUGUCUUGCCCAUUCACCCUCUGAAUGGCACACAUACACAAUCCAUGUCUCAAGGCUUAAAACUCCUUCUUUAACCUGUCCCCUCCCCUUCAUCUACACUGAUUUUGAAGUGGAUUUAACAAGUGACAUCAAUAAGGGAUCAUAGCUUUCACCUGGAUUCACCUGGUCAGUCUGUGUCAUGGAAAGAGCAGGUGUUCCUAAUGUUUUGUACACUCAGUGUAUGUUUGUCAAUGGUACCAAUAUGUCCUACUCUAACUUAAAGCUUGCGUUUUAUAAUGCAUCGUAAGACAUGUCAUAAGCAUGUAACUAAGUUUCCACUGUAGUAUUCUGUUCUUCACAUUGGACCAUGGAGAUAAUGACGGGACACUGUAUUGAGGACCCGUUGUCUCUGGGUGUGACUUAUUCCCCGCGGUAGGCAGAGUGUUGAGGUCUUUCACGGUGUUUUACCAGCUUGUUCUCUCUCCUCAGGUGAUGUCUCACGGCACACCGCAGGGGAUCUUGGAUGAUGUUGCUAUGGUGAGUUAUAUAAUAGAUCAUGAUUAAACAUGGCCAUAGGAACAAUCUUACAGGCUUAACCAGUUUGCAGAUCAUGUUUUAUUUUAUUUUUUUAUUUUAUUUUAUUUAACCUUUUAUUUAACUAGGCAAGGCAAUUAAGAACAAAUUCUUAUUUACAAUGAUUAAAUGUAAGCCUACAUUUGAGUUAGUUAUAAGUCUAAGUUUGUUCUCGUCAACAGCGUCAUAAAAAGUAGUACAACAACGUGUGAGAGACAGACCACUAACUAACUGAUGUGUCGACCUGCAGGUUCUGGACGAGGAGGCAGAGGUGUUCAUAGUUAAAAUGUGGAGGCUGUUGAUCUACGAAACGGAGGCCAAGAAGAUUGGUCUGGGGAAAUGA